CACACCCACCCAUUUAUUCUUUCAUGUUUUUAUUUUUCAACAUCAUCUUUAGAGAAUCUUUGCCAAAAACUUGAUAAUUAUCCAUUGAUAAAUGGUGAAGUUUGUGUUUAUGAUUGGAUCGAAUUGAUUAAAAAUCAAAUUAGUAACGAACUUAUCCUUCAUACCAAACUCGAUGAUGAACAAAUCAAUGAUCCACGAGCAUUAACCCUUUGAGGACCAUUGCUCAACCAAUGAACGAAAUUUCUUUUAGAUUUUAUAUUUAAUAUUGACAGUGUGUAUUGUGAAUAUUUUCAUCAAAAAUUUUUAAAAAUCUUUAAAGUCAUUUUUGACCCAUCCCCGUAGGGGAGUACGGGUGUGGUCAAAACUCGACUGAGAGCUAUCGCAAAACUGACCUUCGGAAUAUUACAAGGAGUCAAUCCUAACUUGAUUCUAAUGUAGAAAAGCGAAAUAUUUAGGGAACCGCGAAAGAGCAUUAGCUGCCCUCCUUCUUCUGGAGGUGGUAUCCCAAAAGCUCUUCAAGUUUACUACCUGAGUGACUCCAUUAAGGUUACGAUUCUUCUAUAGAUGUAUGCACAGAAGUCUUUUCUAUGUCAUAGAGCAAACCGCUUCUUAAUAUCUUUUUGCGUUCACGAGUUAUUGAAAUAUUUAGAAACUUAAAAAAAUGUGUACUUUAUAAAGUACGCUGGUCCUCAAAGGGUUAAAUGGAUAUUUAAAUGAGAAUAUUGAUCAAAUUUAUCAAUAUUUAAUUAAUUAUAAUAAUGAACAAAAAGAAAAACAAUUUCGAAAUCAACUUCAAACAUGUUUAAUCUGUACAGAUAUUAUUUCAGGAAUAGAUUGUAUUCGUCUUUAUCAUUGUGGACAUUUCUAUUGUCAAUCAUGUUUAAAUAAUUAUGUUAAAAUAACAUUUGAUAAUGGAAGAUUUGGUGAAAAACUUCUUUGUCCACAAAAUCAAUGUCAAAAAGCAUUACUUCCAAAUGAAAUGAAAUUAAUUAUUCAAGAUGAUCAGUUAUAUCAAAGAUAUGAAAGAUUAACAUUACAACAUGGUUUAGAAUUAAUGAAUGAUAUCAUAUGGUGUCCAAGAUGUCAAUCUGCUGUUCUUAUCGGAAGUGGUGAUGAUAACUUAGCGAUAUGUGAUCAAUGUCGUUAUACAUUUUGUAAAAAAUGUAAAGAAAUUUAUCAUUUUCAAGUAAUGUGUCCAAAAGAUUAUUUAAAUGAACAAUUAAAAUUACAACAACAAAAAGCACGUGAAAGAAUUGCAAAGCAACGGGAAGAAGAAAGUGAAAGAAAUCGAAAAGUACAAGAAAAAGAUCAAAAGAGACUUGCCAAAGAACGAGAAAAAGCUCUUGCAGAAUUAGCUAGAAUUGAAAAACAAAAAGCAACUUUAGCUGAAAGAAAUCUUGUUAAACAACAUUAUCGUGAAAUUGCCAUUGACUUAUCUGACGAAGAUAUUUUAUUAGAAAAGAUUUUAAAUGCUGAACGAAUGGAAGUACUUAAUACUCAACCAUGUCCAAAUUGUCAUGCAAGAAUUGAAAAAAAUGGUGGUUGUUCACAUAUGCAUUGUUCAAGAUGCGAUUAUCAUUUUACUUGGUCGUCACCAGAAGGACCACGACCUCCUGAAAUAACUUCAUUGUUAUAUCAUUCUUCUAAUGCUAUGUUAGUACAAUCUAUCAAAGAAGAAUUAAAUAAAAAAUCAGAUACAGCUAAAGUAUCUGAACAAAACAUCGAAAAGACUGAUUCAAAUCAAUUGGCAGAGGAUGAAAAUAAGCAAGAUACGAAGAUUUUAAUUAAUAAUCGAUUAUUUGUUGGUUCUGCUAUCGUCAAACGAGUGAAACGAUGUCCGAAUAAUUCAUGUAAUAAAUUCAAUGUUAAAAUCGGUGACGAUAAUUGGAUUGUCUGUAGUGGAUGUUUCAAGCAAUAUUGUUUUUCGUGUCUAAAACCCAUUAAUGGACCAAACCAUUUCCAAAAAGAAUGUGACCGUUACACACCACUUUAA